AUGCAGUUUCUCUGGCUGCUGGUGCUCGUGCUGAGCCCGCUGCUCGCGCUGGCGCAAUCCAACCCUCUCGAGUCAGUCUUGGAAGCGCUUCCAGCGUGCGGGAAAACAUGCCUGAUGUACGGCAUCCAGCAAUCCGAAUGCUCUGCAACAAACGUCACAUGCAUCUGUACCGACGCAGCACUGAAGACAUAUGUCGAGGCCUGCUCCUUGGCCGAGUGCUCUGUCAAGCAGGCGCUGUUCACCAAGAACGUCACUCUGACUUCCUGCGGAGCAGAGCAUCGUGAUAGGACGAAGCAUGUCUCGUAUAUCGGCGUCGGUGGAGCCAUUAUUGCUCUAAUCGCCAUCUUCAUGCGGCUUCUAGCGCGACUUCCCGCGCUCGGCGGAGACUUUGGGUGGGAUGAUACGGUGAUGCUACUGACGCUGCCGGUUAUGAUACCACUCUCAGCCCUUUCGGUUGUCCUCGCCGACGCAGGAUUGGGCAAAGACAUGUGGACCGUUACGCCCAAGGACAUUACCCACAUACUCUAUAUCUAUUACUUCGACGAAUCUCUCUACAUCGCCUCCCUCUCCCUUGUCAAGAUCAGCAUCUGCUGCUUCUACCUGCGCAUCUUCCCGGACCGCCGCUUCCGCAUCUACGUCUACAUAGUCAUCUUCCUCUGCGCCUCCUACGCCAUCACCUUCGUUACGGCCGUUUCGCUGCAAUGCAACCCGGUCAACCAAGCGUGGAAGCACUGGGACGGCGAGAGCCACGGCACAUGCAUCAACCUCAACGCGCUCGGCUGGUCGUCGGCGGCGGCCAACAUCGCGCUCGACCUCGUCGUCAUGACGCUGCCGCUGCCGCAGGUGCUCAAGCUCGUGCUCAGCGCGCGCCGCAAGCUGCACGUCAUGUGCAUGUUCUCCGUCGGCCUGUUCGUCACCGUCGUCUCCAUGCUGCGCCUCAAGUGGAUGAUCCAGUUCGCCAACAGCAUGAACGUCACAUGGGAUUACGUCCCCAUCGGCUACUGGUCCACCAUAGAGGUCCACGCCGGCAUCCUAUGCGCCUGCCUCCCCGCCGUGCGCGCGCUGCUGUACAAGUGCUUCCCACGCCUGCGCGAGCGCGGUUCGACUCGUAGCGGGAAGUACGGUGGCACCGGCGGCGGCAGUUAUUUCGGGAACGGGAUGGGGAGCAGCAGGAGCGGGGCGAUCGAUACGAGCACGAGCAUCGUGCAGAAAGUGAGUAAGGCGGGGGACGAGUGGGUGAGGCUGGAUGAAGUGGAAAGCUUGGAGAGGGAAGGGAAGGGAGAGAGUGUGGGUACGAUGACGGAGGGGUAUUACGGUGCUGGGAGAGGGAGAGCGAACGUUGGGAACCCCCCAGGCAUCGUAGUGAGUGCGACGUGUUAUCAUGCUGUUUGA